CAUUUUAGAACCUGAAGGUUACAGUGCAGGUAGAUCUUAUACCCAUCUGAAACUAUUAUAUAUCUCCAUGGAACCUCCACAAACCAAGGUCCAGCCUAUCUCUUCGACUUUCCAGAUAGAUGAACAACAACAAGAUGAAUCCACCAAGCGCCUGGUCGUCGCACUCAAGAGGUUGUUCUUUCUGGCAAUGUUCCAAGUGUUAGCUGGGUGUAUACACAUUGUGGUUGCAAGUGUAGAGUAUGUGUUCCUUUCGCUCUCCGACAUAAGAGGUCUUAGAAUCUUUCCGUUUAGUUCUUGGGCUCCUUUUUGGACUGGAGGCAUGACUAUCUCUGCUGGAUUUAUUGGAAUGUAUGCUUCCCGUCAAACGCCCCUUAUCACCAACAUUUGUAUGAAACGCUGGGUUUUUAACCAUCAGAUUCAGAGUAAUAUCAGCAUGGGCAUGUCUUUGAUGUGCCUGGGAUAUGCAAUUUCAGGGAUAUUUAGGUGUGGGAAUGAGAUCGGCUGCACUACAGCAGCUCAAGCAGCCAUUAUAGCGGCCUCUGUGGCUGCCGGUUUGCAGGCUGUUGUGAAUGUUACCAAUUUCAUUGUGUUUUACUGUUAUCGGUUAACUUAUGGGAUAAGUAACAACUGUUGUCGUCCAUAUUGAAAAAAAAAAUCAGUUGUGGUUAGUCAUGCAUUAUCUUUGAAAUCCUUUAUUUACAUGUAUGGAGCAAUAUGCUUGCAGAGACUUGAAUUUAUACAUGUAUUACAAAAACAAAACAAAUUUUAUCCAGAAUCUUUUGCUUAUUAGUUUAAAUUGGCAGAAUAAUGUAAAUGUAUAACAUUUAUUCGGAUUUUUACAUUUACAUAUUUUCGAAUGGUUCAAAAAUGCUUUUGUGUCAAGAUUUUGACUACUAAUAUAGUCAAAAUUGUUUCUUUUACAAUAAUUUGUUUUAUCACUUAUGUAUCAAACCAACUACAGAAAAACAAAUGAAAAAAGUUGUAGGACCUGCAUAUAUAUUAUUAUAUUAUAUGUAGAAAGCUGAACAGGGGCGAUUUUCGUAUACACACAUAAAAAAAUAAUGUUUUAUACUCUGUGUGCAUUGGUCAAGGGUAAAUGUAAUUAUAAGAGAGGGAUUAUAAUUAUCCUUAAUUUUAGGAUUUUCGUGCCAAAUCAAAUUUUUCUAAAAAAAGUCUUAAGUAUUGUUGUAAUUAUUGAACAUCAAUGUGUUUACAUAUAUGCAAUGUAUGAAUAUUAAUUUUAAUUUUUAACAUUUAUUGAUUAAAGCCAAUUCUCUGGUAAGAUGUUUAUUUGCAAAACGGAAAGUUCAUCUCAUUGAAAACGAAAGCUAAAAACAACCGAAAUAAUGAAAAGGUGCUUCGUUGCAAACAUUUUUUUAUUUUUUACUAACAAAUUGGAAGACAUUUUUUACUACUUAAUUUAAAAUCAUGGUUUUAUUGUUAACAAAACAAAGCCACAAAAAGAGCAGUCGGGCAGAAAAACUGACAGUUCCUGUCCCUACUCCUGUGAGAAUCUGAUUAGAUGAUUAGUGAAUGUUAUUUCUCAUACAAUUAUUAUUCUUACAAAAAUGUAUCUGUAUAUAUAUUAUUAACAUUUGUCAAGUAAUGAAGCAAAGGGUUCAUUGUAUUAACUUAUUACCAUAUAAUUUUGUCAUUUGAGUUCAACUCAUAUUUUUUAAUUUAAAAAAAGAUACACUUUACCUGUACAUGGAAAAUUCAAAAUCAUUAUUAAAAUCAGGAACUUUGUGCUUAAUACAAAAAGGAGCAUUUGUUCAAUUAUUUGCGCUCGUGAUAAGAUACAUUUUUUAAAAGUGAUCUUUUACAUCAAUACUAUAUACUUCACUAGACUGUCUUGAUUUUGUCUUAUUAUAUGUAAAUACAGAAUAAGUGGGUGUCAUCGACAUUGUUCACCACUUUAUAGAAUGAUAACACAACCAUAUUUUAAAUGCAUUUCUACUUAUUGUAUCUAUUAUCUAUACUUCAUAUGUAAGUAAUAUGUGUAUAAGCAGGAAUACAGUAUUUUUAAAAAAAGGAAUUAUAGUAUAUAAAUAUUUACAUUUGUGAUAAGAUAUAUUUAAUAAAAAGGAUAUAUUACUUUUGUACAAAUUUUACUGCACUAGAAGGUCUGAAUCUGGGAUAUAAUGGGCUGUAGAAUCUUUUAUCAAUGUGCAUCAGCCUGCUGUAUAUAUAAAAAAAGAGAUUAUCUGGAAACUUCAGCAAUUUCCAUAUAAAGAAUAAAAUAAUCCCUUAAUUCA